AUGCAUCUUAAAAACUUUUUCCUGUUGAGUGUUCUCUUGACAACCGGAGUGGUUGGUCCAUUUCUAGCUGACGCCUCUACCUCAAUUUCUGCUCACGAAUCUAAUGAUGUUUAUCCACGUUUUUCUGAUGAUGGCAUUUCUGGAAAAACUGAACUCGAACCGCGUUAUUUUAGUGAGUCGUCCCAACUACGCAAACUUCAUCGUGGCGACCACAAGCGGGACCUUGUAGAACGCUAUCACAGGGAGUCGUCUAAUCGACGCAAAUAUAAUCGUGCCGGCGACAAGCGGGACCUUGUAGAACGCUAUCACAGGGAGUCGUCUAGUCUACGCAAAUAUAAUCGUGGCGACAAGCGGGACCUUGCAGAACGCUAUCACAGGGAGUCGUCUAGUCUACGCAAAUAUAAUC